GGUCGGCGAGGGAGAGCAAACCGCGGCGGGCGGAGGCCAUGGCGAACAAGGCUCCCGCGACGACCUCGUGGCGGUGGCGGCUGCUGCUGCUCCUGCUCCUCGCCGUGGCUGCCCUGUGCUGGAUCCCUCCGGCGAUCGCGAUGGCGGCCGCCGCCGCCACGACGGCCUCCGGAGGGCGGAGGUCGCUGCUCGGCUUCGUGGAGGCGCAGGGGAACUCCUCCUACCGGUGCUCCCCCUCCGGCCCCUGCGUCCCCUGCCAAUACUCCGAGAAGAGUGAUGAGAAGUACUGUUGCAGCGAGACCGGCUACCGCUUGCCAUUGAAAUGUUUAGAAGUUCAUAACAGCACGAAAGAAGGAAAUAAUAGCAAGCAACGGAAGAUGUUGGAUGAUGCAUCCGCAUCAGGUGGUGCAAAGCACUACACAACUUACAGGAGUUGUGUACCAUUGGAGGAUGAAGAGAAGUUAUCUGUUCUUGGUUUUGAGGUUAUGAUGGCUGGAAUGUUGCUAAUAAGUGGUCCAUUUGUAUACUUUCGGAAAAGACGUACAAAUAUAAUGCAAGGGGCUUCAAGAAUCCCAACUAGCCCUCCUAGGUUUUAGUGUGCAAUGGUGAAUUAUUGGCUGCUCAAGCUGACUUGGUGUACCAUUUUGAUUAUCCUUUUAUAUUUCUUUUAUAUUUCAUAUCAAUGUACUGUAUUUACACGUGUAAUUGUGGAAGAGGUCAAGGUGCUGGUUACAGGAUUAGAAACAGGCGCGGUUGCUAGUCUCAUUUUGCUUUGCUCAGUUGAAUCAAAUCUUUUGUAAUGUCCAUAUAUGUAACAAAUUACGUUCGAUUUUGUUAGCUCCAAUGAAGCUGCCCUAACAAAGGA